AUGGCCCAGACUGAGCAGGACAAGCCUGCGCAGGCGAGGAAUGGGAAUCGACAACCGCUGCCUGCGCUGCCUGCUGAACCGCAGGACGGGCUGGAGCGCCGCCCGCUCAAGGUCGAGGAUGCAUUGGCCUAUUUGGAAAAGGUCAAGACACAGUUUAAGGAGCAGGUCGAUGUGUACAACCAGUUCUUGGACAUCAUGAAGGAGUUUAAGGCCCAGUCCAUCGAUACCACCGAAGUGAUUAGACGUGUUUCAAAUCUGUUUAGAGGGCACAUGGACUUGAUUCUUGGCUUCAACACCUUUUUGCCACCGGGAUACAAGAUCAAGGUCACGAAGGAUAAGGCCACUGGAGUCGUCAACACCGGCUUUGAUGGCCCUGAAGGAUUUAGUCAACUUCCUACGUUCCUCUCAGGGAGCAUAGCGGCGCCGUCUCCGAUUGCCGGUGGAAGGAAUGGUAACGCUGUCUCAAGCCCGAAGCGAAAGGAUUCUAAAUCAAAAUCAUCGGCGAAAUUGCAGACCUCCCGAUCAGGCCAGGCUGUACCAGGGCAGGCCAUUGACCCGAUGGACAAAGAUGCCAGUGGUGGGGCUCCCGUGGCGGCAAGAGGCUCGGCACCGGCAAAGACUGCGUCCGUCAGCCGUCAGAAUGGUGCCAAUGGCUUGCACGCGGAUGCAAGUGCCUUGCAGCAAGAGGCCACAACGCAAGCGCACCUGCUUCAAGCCGAGAGGUCGUUUUCUCCGGGUCCUGAGAAAGCGCAAGAGUUUGACCGCGCCAUUGAGUUUGUUACCACCAUCAAAGAGCGGUUCUCUGAUGAUCCCGACACGUUCAACAAGUUUUUGAAUGCCCUUAGUCGGUUUCGGGACAAGCAGACGUCGAUUCGUGAAGUCUUUGACGUUGUCGCAUGCUUGUUUGGCCCUCACAAGGAUUUAUUACUCAAGUUUCAAGAGUUUUUGCCUGCUAUCUCUCGAGGUUCUUUGGACAAGCCGAUGCGGAGUCGACCUCCGACCACCCCGCUCGACCGUGCAUAUUCUGGGAAAACGGCCACAGGUCCGUCGAGAAGAGGCCCCGGCGGUCUGUCUCGGAACCGGCGACCUCGCGACAUGCAAUUUUUCGAAGAUCUCAAAGCGAGCCUUGGUCUGGGCAAAUCGGAUGUAUACAUAGACUUUAUCAAAUGCCUAAGCUUAUUCACUCAAAAGAUUGUGACGAAAGAUGAGUUGCAAAGUUUAACUGCCGGCAUCUUACAAGACUAUCCACACGCAAACGCCCUGUUUUUGCAAUAUCUCGAAGCCAUCUGCGGCAGUGGAGAUGAAACAACGGAUGAGGGAAAUCAGGCUUCCUCCUCUGUUUCAUCUGAGGAGGCGCCUACGCCGCUGGAUGCGGCACGGCAUGCUCGUUAUCUGAAGAAGACGGUGUCUGAAACUGGCGGCGAGUUUGGCGUCGAAAAACUUGUUUCAUACAGCAAGCUACCACCUGAUUUCCCAGCGUUCCCAUGUGCCGGGCGAUCAGUGAUGGAAAGGAGGACGCUGAACGAUGCAUGGGUGAGUGGAACAUCCGGCUCUGAAGAUUAUUCGUUCAAGUUUAUGCGAAAGAAUCAAAACGAGGAUAACCUCUUCCGUUGCGAAGAUGAUAGGUAUGAAUUGGACAUGGUAAUAGCCACGAAUGCGUCGACUAUUCAAAAGCUGCAGACUAUAGUGGGAUCAAUGUCUCGGUUGCCACAAGCCGAGAAGAAGCGGCAUCAACUUGCAGAGGGAGCACUCUCGCCCAUCAACUUCAGUGCUAUUCAGCGCAUUUACGGAGAAAAGGGCGCCGAAGUAGUCGAAGAAGUGAAGCUGAAUCCUGCGCAGGCGGCGCCGUUUGUCGUUGAACGUCUUCGCAGCAAGAAUACAGAAUGGAUUCGCGCUCGACAUGAAAUGAACCGAGCAUGGCGUGAGGUCGGUGAACGAAACUAUCACAGAAGCUUGGAUCAUAGAAGUGUUCAUUUUAAGCAUGUGGACAAGAAGGAGCUUAGCACGAAAAAUUUACUCGCCGAUCUGUUGGAACCCACUACUAGUUUGCAAGCACGUGACGCGGAAAUGACUAAAGCUCGUGGGUACCCAGUACCGCACGGCGGUGGGGGAGCGAAUGACCGGAGUCUGGCGUUCAAGGCAGUGAAAGAAGCGGCACAGCGGGUUUCACGUCUAGAACCGCCUCAUCUCGAUCUGUGUUUUGAAGAGUGCCGUAUCCACAGAUUGGCUUUUGAUGUAGUACGCGAUCGAAUUGAAAGUGAAACGUCGUCUUCGUCAGAGGCCAAGCGCAUAGUCGGUGAAUUCCAGAGGCUGCUGUCGCGCUUUUUCAGAUUAGAUUUCACAGACGAUGGUUGCAAGCGGGCUGAGAGAGAUUUCUGCCGUCGUCGCGGCGAGAAACAUGACGGGUGUAACAGCGCGGAAAGGGAGUCGAACAUGGUCGAGGAGGAGGCAAUGGUGAUGUACGGGGACGACAGCUUGUACCUGAUGUUUCGGAUGUAUCAUUUGCUCUUUGAGCGACUGAUGGAAGGAUUGAAAUUGGCGCGGAAACAGAUUGCGGACAGAACGAAACGCGAAUCAAUGAACAAGGCUGGUGCUGCGAGAGUGGGUGGACGAAGCCACAUUCCAACGCUCUUGACGUCUCCGGCAUCGCUGAUUAUGAACUUUCCGUCUGCUCAGGAGAAGGAGCAUUCGUUUUGCGUUGGGCCUCAGCACGCGACAGCUGACGAAAUUUUUGAAGAGUGGCUCGAGCCCCUGAGACAAUUUCUGAGUACGAACAAAGCGGACGUUGUAAAUAGGUACGAAGAAAAAUGUCGGGUGCUGCUCGGGGCUGGGUCGUACUGCUUGCUGACGCUUGACAAGACAGUGGCUAAGACUUCGAAACAAGUGGGGUCAGCACUGAGCGGAGACGCAGUUGCGGAGUAUGGGACAGUUUGGAUGUUCCACGCACUGGCGGACCGGAUAAAGGAAUCGACGCAGAACUGCGCGAAACUGAGCUGGAGUUGCAUGGAAAAGCAAUACGCUGCAUGCGCUGUGGCACAAAUAGGGAAAACGCGGGGAUCUGGUGCGAACAUGAUGCGGUUUACGAGCCACUACCGGGACGAGCAAAUGAACGAAUUUGUGAUCUACGCGGUGGGCCACACAAACGACGAGGUGGCUGGCAAGAGCAAGACGCAAACGGCUAGUGUGGACUUGAAGGAAUUGUACAAAACUUGCACAGACAUGCUGGAGGAAAAUAUGGCGCAAGCUAAGGAGAGCGGAGAUGGGGAAUGGCGACAAAGAGGGGAUUCUACAAGCUUACGGAAGCGCAGUCGCGUAAGCGACGACAGUUUUGUGCGGUUUGCAGGCAGCGAAAAACAAGUGCGCAAACGGGCAAAGGGGAUGAAGCUACGACGCGGCGGGGAUGUAAUCUGGAAGGCGACGGCCAAGAAGCGAAUCAAAGCUGUGGAAGGGACGUGCGACUACAUGGAGAAUGUGAACCGCAAGCGAAAGCUAUGGAGCAAUACGGCCGACGCGAAGGAGGUGAAUGAGCAAUGCGUGUGGGGGCGAGUCGUGCGGAGAAAGCGGUUGGCCAAGGAGAAGGAGGAGAAGGAGAUUGAGGAACGGGAAAAGGAGGAGGAGAAGGAGAAGGAGAAUGCGAGUGUGGCCAAGGCAUCGGGAGCGGGGAUCGCAGAGAGUAGUGGAGAUAAGGAAGCAGGCGAGGUAGCGGAAAAGGACAAGAUGAGUGACUCGUAGAUGUGAUCGUGAGGGGGGACUGGUGCGCUGUAGAAUGUAAAUAUGGGUAGCAGGACUGGAGAGGUGACGACCGGGGCAUGAGGCAGAACUCAAUGGAUUGGAUGAAACAAAAUGCGCGUUGAGCUGCUCAUACAGAGCUCGCGACUCACAUUCUAAUUCUGCAUUAAUUUCUAACACCCCCCGUGCUUUGUGAGCACACUCGUCGUCUAUCCAAAUCUACUAAACUUUUCAAUACA